CUCCCACGGUGUUGCCUCUGCUUUCGGCCCCGCACUCCCAGGCCCGGCGGCAGACCGCCUCCAGGCUCCCCUGGAGCCCCGUACCAGGCAGAGGACAAGGGCGAGCUGCUUCUCGCCAUAGGCACUGGGCACUCCUCAAGGAGUGGCCUGGUCAGCCCAACCAGCUCCGAUCUGCUGGCCGUGCUCCUCACACGGUGCAGCUGCAUGUGCUGAAGCACAUGUGUGUUUGUUUAACUGACUUCUAUUAGACAUGAAGGCAUUGAUCACAGUACACUUUUUGUUCCCAAAUGCUAUUGGAGGUGGAGUCAACAAAGUCUUCAAGGUACCUUUCCUCUACCUGGCUGUUUUCCAGGGAUUCAGGUGGUAAUUCUUUUGGGUAAGUGGUAGACUGCACUUCUGAACUGUAGAGUUUAAGCCUGUGGCUUCCCUUUCCAACCUUUCCACACAUCCUGAAUUUAGUAAUGUCCUGAUUGCUGUAGCCCAAGUUGGCUUUUGCUGCCACAUUUGUCCCCAGUUCUUCCCUGUUUGUGAGCAGAAGGUCAAGGAAAACAUUGGACAGACUUGCCCUGGCAGUAUUUUUGUCAGAAAAUAGUGAAAAGGGCCUGUGAGGUUUUCAGAUUGCCUGACAAAUGCUGCGUUGUCCUUCCAUCAGCUGUUCACAUUUCUGCUCAUUCUCUGUAGGAAACUUCAUCUCUUGCAUUCCCUUGGUUCUGUAGUAGCCACACCCCCACCAAUCCCACCUUUCCUUCCCCCUGUGAUACAGAGGUUUUCACCAAGCAUGUCUCUGGAACCCCAUGUACUCAAAGAGCUCUUCUGUGCAUUAUGUGUCUUCCCCUCUCCCCUUUCUUUCCUGUCGGUCCUGGAUAACUCUUUCAUGACAGUACUAAAAUCAUACAUGCUGUGCCAGCCUGGGCUCUGACUGCUCUGACUUAAUCUGUCUCCUUGAGGCAGGACGUGAAUUUCUAGUUCUUGUUUGUUAGCCACGUUUCAUGUUAAUCUGCAGACACCUGAGGGAAGCCUCACCCUCCCUCCUGAGCAGGAAUGGAAGUCUCUCUCUUGGCCUCCUCCUUUCUGUACUUUGUUAGUACUUUGCAGCAAUCCCUCUCCGCUCUGCACUUCAGUCCCUGUCCCAUGAUGAACCUAAUGUAAUGCUUCCCUUAUCAGGAAGUGGCCCCUUUCCAGGAAUUAUUGACUUGUAUGGAACUGGAGGAGGACUCCCUGAAUACAGGGCAUGCCUGCUGGCCAACCAUGGCUUUGCUGUACUGGCUCUGGCUUUCUACAGCUAUGAAGAUCUCCCCAAAGGGAUGAAGGAAUUCCACCUGGAAUAUUUUGAAGAAGCUGUAAACUAUAUGUUACAACACACCCAGGUUAAAGGUCCAGGAAUUGGUUUGCUUGGACACUCGAAGGGGGGUGACCUGUGCAUCUCCAUGGCCUCCUUCCUAAAGGGCAUCACAGCCACUGCCCUCAUCAAUGGCUCAGUGGCAAAUGUGGGCGCAGUGCUCUGCUACAAGGACAUCACCAUUCCGCCCCUUGGUAUCAAUCUAAAACGCAUCAAGGUUAGCAAGUCUGGGAUUGCUGAUAUUAUUGAUGUGUUGAACAACCCACUAGAAGGGCCUGACCAGCAAAGCUUUAUCCCUUUGGAGAAGGCUGAGUGUCGCUUCUUGUUCAUUGUUGGCCAGGAUGAUCACAACUGGAAAAGUGAAUUCUUUGCAGUUGAGGGGAGCAAACGUUUGCAAGCUCAUGGGAAAGAAAAGCCUGAGAUAGUCUGUUAUCCUGGAGCAGGACACUACAUCGAACCUCCCUUUUUCCCGAUGUGUGCAGCCUCAAUGCACCUGCUAUUUGGCAAGCCUGUGAUGUGGGGAGGGGAGCCCAAGGCACACUGUGAGGCACAAAUAGGUGCUUGGCAGCAGAUCCAAGCUUUCUUUCGUAAACACCUCACAGGCAAGCCAUCUGGAACAUCCAGUAAGCUCUGAUAUGAAUUAGGUUACUUUACAGAUGAAGAUGCUGGUGUUUCAAGUUUGUUUUGUUAAAUGGCUCAGAAUGAGAACAAAGAACAUCAGAGAAUAAGCUGUUAAAGUUCUUGGAGGAUGACGGUGGGUGAAAGCAAGAAAGCAGCUUCCUUUUCACAUCCUUCUCUAAUCUUGGUUAGGGGUCUUGGCCUCCUGUUUUAUGUAGUGCAGGGUUAUGAGCUGUGGAAAACAAAUGGUAAGGCUGUGUAUGCUUUCAGUGUGAAUUGAAGUGGUAGGUAACUCAUCCAAGCUGACAACCGGGAUGAAAAUAUGCCUUGGCCUUCUCAGAGGAAAUGUAUGCCAUUGCCCAGCUUUGUGUUCUGGUUCCAGUACUCUAGUUUUCCUGGAAGCAGUAAUCUGCCACCAGUAAUCUUUCUGUUUUCUCUGUGCAUUUCUCCCUCCUUUGUUGCUCCUUCCCCUUCUCCCAAACUACUACAAUGCAUCUGCCUUAAAAAUAUCUAAUAUUUCACUUAGCAAAAGCAGCACUACUGUGCAAGCACUUCACGUUUAUAGGCAACAAACAGCCCAUGUGACAUUCUGAGCACAUGCAGUAGAAGUGAGACCUUUAAACAGUCUGUGGAAGUUUGUAAGCGUGGAGAAACAACAGAGCAGGUCCUGUUGUCAUCCUGGAGCUGCUCACGGGUGUCUCCUCAGCAUGGCUGGGUAUCGCUGUGGAGAUCCGCAGCACUGUCGGAGCUCUCUGCCUGUACAUUCCCCAAAUGCCUUCUCAGCUGUCUGCUCCUGAGGGCUGCUGAGCAGCCCGGCCGCGGGGCUGGCACGGCGGCUCCGUGAAGCCGGGUGCAGUGCGGGCCUGAGGGGCCCGGCCUGCUGUGGCGGAGCGGGGCUCCGGCUGCCCGCCCGCUGCUCUCUGUGCAGCGGGGUGAGCGCCCAGCCCCGCCGGGCAUCGUCACUAGCUUGUGGCACCCAAGCGUGGGGCUGAAGGAGAAGGCGUUGGGCGUUGCCGGCGCGUUUUGCACUGUGUCCCCGAACACGUUGUACCCGCCAGUGCCUGCAGCCUGUAUCCGGCCUCGGCUGUUGCCUGCGCGUCAGGCCCGUUUGUGCGUUUUGCAGCCACUGUACUUGUAAUGCAUUAAAGUGAAACUUUAACCGCU